CUAAAACUAACCAGACAAGACCCAGUGCUGGUGAAUCACGUCAAGUCGUAUUUGGUGUUGGUUGUAUUUUGUCAUACUUUUUCUCAACCGUAUGUCAUUCAUUUGAUUUCUUAUCAAAUAUUUUUGACAUUAUGCAGUGAAAAAGAUAUCAAGUUUGUGCUAAGACUAUUUAACAAUGUCAUGGAGUCAAUAAAAAAAUUAAAUCAACAGAAAUGCGGUGUACAAAGUUCUGAGCUUUACGCUAGAACAAAUAAAUGUUACGACGAAGACAGAAGCAUUGAGGAAGAUACUGAAGCUAAUAUAUCCGCUGAUGGUUAUGGAUUAUCACCGCCAUGUGAAUGGCCUAUCAAACGAAAUACAUGGAUACAUCAGCGAAUAGGAUUUUCUGACCAACAUAGUAUACCCAGAAGUCACAAUGAAAUGUCAAGCACAAUAAACUCGCUUCGAAGUAGCAGCUCAAAAGACCUCCAAGGCCACAAACGCCUCGGCGCCAAAGUCGACGUAGUCUACAGCCUUCUAGGAAUGCUGGGCAGCACAGAAGGCCGUGAUGACAUGAGUUCGACCCUUCUGGCGAUGAGCAAUUCAAUCGACAGCUGCCUCGUGAUGCGUCAAUCCGGGUGCUUGCCCUUAUUAAUCCAACUGAUCCACACUCCCGGCCAGGAUCAAGAAAUCCGUGAGCGAGCUUCUCGAGCCUUACACAACGUGGUCCUUGCUAGAAGCGAUGAAAAAAUAGGCAGACGUGAAAUCCGAGUCUUGCGACUCCUCGAGCAAGUUCGCGACUACUGUCAAAUGCUGAGAGCUUGUCUCGAAACCGAGCGACCUCCAGACGAUUUAGAAAGACACCCAGGUCCCACGAUAGCAGCGUUGAUGAAGCUUUCCUUCGAUGAAGCUCACCGCCACGCAAUGUGCCAACUCGGUGGCUUGCAUGCCGUCGCAGAGCUCAUCGAGAUGGACCACGCUGCCCAUGGGACUGAUUCGGAUGACCAAAGCUGCAUAACUCUCCGCAGAUACGCCGGAAUGGCUCUGACUAAUUUAACUUUCGGCGACGGGAACAACAAAGCGCUCUUGUGCUCGUUCAAAGAAUUCAUGAAAGCAUUGGUGUCCCAGCUCUGCAGCUUAAGCGACGACUUGAGACAAGUUACAGCCAGUGUCUUGAGGAAUUUAUCAUGGAGAGCUGACAGCAACAGCAAGCAAAUCCUCAGAGAAGUUGGCGCUGUAACCGGACUGAUGAAAGCUUCAAUGGAAGGAAGAAAAGAAUCAACCCUAAAAUCAAUCCUUUCAGCUCUCUGGAACUUGUCUGCCCACUGCAGCACCAACAAGGUUGAUAUUUGCGCUGUGGAAGGUGCUCUGGCAUUCCUUGUGGACAUGCUCAGCUACAAAGCACCCUCCAAGACUCUUUCGAUUGUUGAAAACGCUGGAGGAAUUUUAAGGAACGUAUCAAGCCACAUUGCUGUUAGAGACGACUACCGGGCGAUUAUAAGAGAACGCGGUUGCUUGCAAGUUCUGCUAAGGCAAUUACGAUCACCGAGCUUGACUGUGGUCAGCAAUGCCUGUGGAGCACUCUGGAACCUCUCAGCAAGGUGUCCCUAUGAUCAAAGACUCCUCUGGGACCUUGGAGCUGUGCCAAUGUUGAGAAGUCUCGUACACUCAAAGCACAAAAUGAUCUCCAUGGGAUCUUCUGCUGCGCUGAAAAAUCUUCUCAGUGCCAGACCUUGUGGCAGCAAUCUAGUGCAUCUUGAUUCUACGGCUCGUGGUCUGGGCUUGCCGUCUCUCCCUUCGUUAGUCGCGAGAAGACAACGAGCUCUAGAGCAAGAGAUUGAUCAGAAUCUUUCUGAGACUUGUGACAAUAUUGAACCCAGCAGCUCUCCUACUAAUAAAGAUGAAAAAUUUUCUUUUAAAGUUGAAAGUAAUUUUGAUGUUACUUGUUUGACCAGGACUUAUCAUAAAAAUCAUGCUGAAGUUUCUGUUGGUAAUCAAGUACCCAGAAGUGAAAGUAAAGAAUCUGUUAGGUCAAUUACUAGCACACAUUCUGAUACUGUUUUUGAAAAAGCUCACAGGCAUAUCGAUUUACCGGAUUUUAAUAAAAAAAAUCAAUCAUCUUCUUUACAUUCUACAAUAAAUCCUCACAAUCAAGAUGUUUAUCAACUUAAUAAAACUCUGUUGGAAAAAAAAAGUUUGAGGUUUAAAAAUUCAUUUGGUGAAAAAUUUACUGAAGAUAAUUUAAAUGCUAUUACCUCUACUAUAUCUUGGGCUACUGCUGCUAGUCAAGAAUCUUCCUUGUUAAGAUCAAAUAUUGAAAAUAAAUUAUCUCCAACAGAUUCUAUUAAAUCUUCUAUUUCUCCGUCAGAUACUUCUAAAUUUAAUGAAGCUGGAUUUGUUAAGCCGCUUUUAUCACCAGUUUCUAAUGAUAAAAAUCUUUUUGGUGAUUAUGCAGAGACUGAUUUAGACGAGCCGACAAAUUAUAGCUUAAGAUACGCUGAGCGUAAUUCAGAUGAUGAAAAAUUGACCACUGAAUAUUUUGCUGGAAGCGAACAAGAUGAUACUGUAAAGACUUAUUACACUGAAGGAACUCCUCGUGGUACUUCGUUGAAUUCAUCACAGUCGGAUUUGCAGUGUGAUAAAAUGAAAUUGUCCGAUAGACUUCCGGUGAGUAAAAAUAAAAAUGAAUAUUUAUUUCGGAGUUCUUUGAAGAAGCCCGAAGCAAGUAUUUUUGCUGGUAUUUCUUCCAGUGAUAAUUUUAAUAAAUUGGGUGAAGUUAAAUACAAAACAAAACAAAGAAUUUAUCCUUAUAUAGAAAAGGUUAAUUGUACCGAGCAGGUAAAUAUUACUAAAAAUUGCAAUAUAAUUGACAAUGAACCGAAGAUAAUUAAUGAUAGGCAAUUAAAAGAACGUGAAUUAAAAGUAAUUAAAAAUGUUGAAUCAGAAAGCUUAACUGGUUCUAUUGCAAGUGAUGGAGAUGAUGAUGAUGAUGAUGAUGAUUUAUUGGCAGCGUGUAUUCAUAUUGGUAUGCAAAAUAACAGACAUGGACAAUCAAUAAGAAGAAAUAGCUUAGAGAAGACUUUACAGCGGGAUAAUAAUUUAAUUCGCUAUCAGACAACUUCUGCUUUGGAUCAAGUUGAAAGUUCUGAUGAUAAAUCAGAUAAUUUUAUUAAAAUAAAUUUUUCUAAUACUGAUGAUGUUUGCAAAGAAUCAAACACGUGUUCAUUGGAAGAAAAUUUUUAUCACUCUUUUAAUAGUUCUAAAUCGGAUAUUCUUCUUAAUGAUUCUAAGAAGAAAAAAGAAGAAAUGAAAAUGAUUAAAGAUGAAUCAGCAAAUGAAAUUUCAUCUACGUCUUACAAAACAGUUUUAACUGUAAAAUACUCCAAAGAAGAAAUAAAUAAUCAGCAUUUAUUUAAAGAUCAAGAUGAAGAAUAUAGAAGACAACGUGAUCCAGAUGCAAUGAUAGCUUCUUUAGAUCGUUUAACGGCGACUCUUGUUCAGCAAACAGAAGCUAUAAGAGAAAAAGAUUCAAUUGUGAUGAAACAAAGCAAUCAAAGUGACACUUGGAAUGAAGAGUCACCCAAUGAAUUAUCAUUUCCUACUAUAAGUAUAAGUAUUCCAUUAGUUGGAUCUUAUGACAGUGAUUGUGUCCAAGAAGAUUGUCCAACCCAGCUUGAAACACUCGCUGAAAAUACUGAAACUGAACAAAGUAUGACGACAUCCAGGAUAAUUGAAUUGGAAGCUUUUAAACUAGCUGAAGUGGUGAGUAAUCAAUUUAAUGAUGAACUGACUUAUGAUAUUGAUGAUGUAAAACCUCCAUCUGUAAUGGACAGUUUUGUUUCUUUAACUUCGAGUUAUUUAGCGACUGACAGUCUUAAUUGUAAUUCAACGUCGCUUCCUCCAACAUUGUUCAAUUCACGAGUUCCUGAUAGAAAAAAAUCUCUUCCUAUUGGAGUCGUUGCUAAACGCGCUCUAGGCCAAGAAUAUAAUCAUACUGGAAGUUUGGAGAGUCUUUUGAAUAAUUGUAGCAUUAAAAAUGUUUCACAGUUGGAAAAUAUUAAGCCUCCGUCAAUAAUGGACGAGCUGCUAGACAGCGGAGAGAUGGACAAUAGUAUUAUAAGCGUAGCUAGUAUUAUGUCCGAGGCGGUUGAUGUUAAGGCUCAAGACUCUAGUCUUAUAAAUAAAUUUAUUUUAGAAAAAAAAUACUCCGGAAAUAAUGCAACUAAUAGUCUCAGUGAGUUUCUUGAUAAUAUAAAUCCUCCUUCUUUGUUUAAUGAAAUUACUGAUAUUGAUGACACGACUCUGGAUGCUAAUACUGACACUAUGUGCAGUGAUACUCUUUGCAAUGAAUAUCAAAUUAUUCCGGGUGAAUUUGAACCGGAGCAGUUGAAUAAUAAAUUAGAGGAUGGUAAUGACACUGAUGAAGCUGCUACUCCUAUUUCUACUGAGUACAGUUGCAGUAGCACUGAAUCAACACCUAAAAGACAAGUUAAAAAUAUAUUAACGCCAAAGCAAAAGAGACAAUUAGCUAAAGAAAGAUAUAAAACUUAUACUAUUGCUCCUGAGUCUGUUAAAAAAGAUCUUGGUAAGUUUAAACUUACUCCUAGACAACGUAGACAAGAUGAUCCAGGGAGAUUUCAAACUCAAGUUGUCGGUAAUUUACCGACAGAAAUUCCCGCUUCUUGUUCUUCGGGGAUUCCCAUGUUUAAGAAUAUUGACGGUUCUAGAACUUAUAAAAAAAAUAAAGGAAAUAAAGAGUGCCAAGGGGAAAAAAAUUCAAAUAUUCCUCAGUUAUUUAAUAAACCAAAUAAAAUUGAUAAUUAUGCUGCUGAAGCUAUUGAAGCUAUUGAAAAUUUUGAUAUUAAAGGAAGAAAUAUUGUGAGUAAUUUAAAUGGCGGACAAAAUAACCAAGAUGAAGAUGAUGAUUUGAAUGAAUAUAAUGUGAAUGAUUUAGAAAUAAAUGAAUUUGAUCAUAAUAAAAAUGAACUUUCUCCUACAGAAGAAAUAUUAAAAAAGCCAAGAAUUGUUAAGCCGAGAGAUACUAGUGGAAAUUCAGAAGAAAAAUCAGAACCUGUAAGUCCAAAAGGUAUUAGAGGAAGAAGAAAGGCUUUGUAUUCAAGUCCUAAUACAAGGAAGACUACUCCGCAAUCUUCGCCGGUAAAACAGAUCAAUAUCAGUGGAAUAGCUCGUAGUAAUACUUCUCCGAUAGUUAGAGCCACUAGAGCUACAACUCUUCGGAAGAAUACAUCCUCGUCAGAUAACAAUCAAUUGAAAUUGGGCGCUUUGCAGAAAGUAACUAAAACAAUUGGGUUGAAUAAAAAAAGCUCUAUUCCUCAGAGAAAAAGUAGUGGGAGUUAUAAGCGUCAUAGCACGCCGUCAGAAUCUACAGUCGGUAAGAAAGAUCAAGAAGAAAUGCCGAAAACUCUGGAGAGACAAGGAACGUUUACUAAAGAUGAACCUGAAAUGGAAAAUGCACCGACUGUUGCGAUCGCUUCGCCCUCUAAGUCUAAAAUUGCGAAGCCUAUGAGAAAUUUAUCGUCUUCUAAUAUUAAGACUAAAGCUGUUGGGAAGAAUAGUCAGUACAAAGUAACUCAAGGUGUUACGGAGAAAAUUGGAUCUCCUAAAAUUCCAAUUAAGCGAUUUUCAGGGACGGAAUUUAAAAAUCCAAUUGAGGGUACUUAUUCUAAUGUACUAAAUAUUAAGAAGCCUGUUAAUAGUGAGCAAAGGGUGAGUUAUAAUGCUAAUAUAGCUUCUCAAAAUUCACCUGAAAUUUCGGAUAAAAAAUUGGUUAAAGAAACAGCUAGUAAGAUUGCUAAUUUAUGGAAGAAAGUUGAAAAGUCUCAAAAUAAACAACAAAAACCUGACUCACGUCAAUGGAUAACAGCAGCGUCUAAUUCUACUGAUACUGAAAAAAUAAUAAAUAAUUUAUCUACUAAAAGAUUGUUUAGAAGUUCUACUUUUGAAGGAAUGCCAAAAGAUAAGCCAGAUAAUUUUAAAAGUAAAAUAAGAAAACCUUCGAUACAUGCUAGUGAAACACAAGAGCCAAUUUAUAGAAAUUCAUUGGAUUUAACUGGUGUUAAUACUAUUUCAGAAGUAUCUAGUAAAAUUCCCCUUAAAUUUACGGAUACUAAAAUCAAUGAAAAAAUAACUCCAGUUGUUCUUAGAAAAAAAGAUAAUUCGUCAAAUACUGAUCCAGCUAAAAGAGUGUCGAGACUUGGCUCUUUUAUAACUGUUGAUUCAACAGAAACUCAAAUUCCGGAGGUUUAUCUUGAGAAGACUAUUCAUACGUUACCUUCUUCAGUUGUUUCACCGGUUGAGUCAACUCAAGGUUCGAAUAAUAAAAUUCAAGAACAAAAAACUACAACGUGA